AUGGCUACAGCUCUAAAAAACAUCGGUCCCCAUCUUGAAUGCAUCAUCUGUGCAGACAAAUAUAAACAGCCCAAGGUGCUGGAUUGCAUGCACAGUUUCUGCCAGAAAUGUUUGGAGCAAUACUACACUAGCAGGUAUGCAGGUCAGCAAACAAUUCCUUGCCCUGUAUGUCGACGGGAGACAGUACUUCCAGAGACAUGCAUUGAAGGACUGAAAACAAAUUUCCAUUUGAUGGGAAUAGUUGAGGAGGUCUCACUCCAAGCACAGGUGGCUAGUUCAGUGAAAAAAACACCAGAAGAAGAUGAGUCUAAAUGCCAGAAACACAGGGGGGAAUUGAAAUGGUUUUAUUGUGAGACAUGUGAAGAGUUAAUCUGCCGAGCUUGUACUGUAGUAGACCACCGUGAACCAAAACAUCACUACAUUGACUCUAGAGAGGCUUCUCGCAAAUACAAACAGUCACUGAAAGAUAUGUUGCCAAAUGUCACCACCGGCAUCAAAAUACUUCAAAAGGCUUUGGCCACUUCAUCACAAGCUAAGCAAAAGUUCACACAGAACGUCACAAAGACUGUGAAAGCUGUGAAAAACAAAGCGGAUAAAAUGAGAGCUGAGAUAACAACUCAAGAGACAAAGAUGAUUG